AUGGGUGUCUCAAAAGACUACUUUCCUUUGAUUUCCCUCCCGUUCCGUUGUGAAAAAAGAAUCAAGAACACAACGUUCGUGUUUGAGGAAUGUACUAUCUGUGAAACAUACGGUACAACUAGACGGGAAACGAAUAUAAACCAUACGAAGGAAGAAGAUUCACCCGGAAGAAAAACCGUUCAGAUCGAAUUUGAUUCUCAGAUCAGUCCACUUCAACAUUCGAAACACAGAUUCUUCAUCCCUGCAGGAAUACCUGGAGAUGGAAGAUGCAUGUUUCGCUCUGUUGUGCACGGUGCCUGUUUGAGAGCAGGUAGGCCAGUUCCAACGGAGAAUGUUACGAAGGAACUUGCAGAUGAUCUCAGAACCAAGGUUGUGAAUGAGUUGAUCAAGCGACGGGCUGAAACCGAAUGGUUUCUUGAAGGUGGUUUCGAGACUUAUGUCUCACAUAUGCAACGGUCACAUGUCUGGGGUGGUGAACCAGAAUUGCUUAUGUCCUCACAUGUCCUCAAAGUGCCUAUUACAGUUUAUAUGCGGAAUAAGAAGUCCAAAUCUAUCAAAGUUGUAGCAGAAUAUGGACAAGAGUAUGGGAAGGAAAACCCAGAAUAAAAUGUCUUCAAGAAUCAAUAUAUUAUGAAUCAUGUAUUAAUCAAGAUAUAGUCAAUUAUGCCCUUAAUUCAUGCUUGAUUUCUUGCAUGGUGAUUUCUUCCCUUAAUGCAUGUUUGAUUUCUUGCAUGAUCAUUUCCAUGGAUGUUUUGGUACGUUUGUAAUAUUACCACCUUAAUGUUUUACCUUUUUCUUAUC